CACAGCUGAUCAAAUCUGUCAUGCUGAAAGCUCGAGAGGAGAGCCGGUAAUCGGCAUUCCACGGAGGGGACAUCUGCCCUGAUGAUCAGUGGGGCCCCAGAAGUGCCACCUGUCAGUGUCCAUCAGUGCCAGCUGUCAGUGCUGAACAGUGCCAUGUGCCAGUGCCACAUCAAUGCCACAUAUCAGUGCCUACCAGUGCACAUCAAUGCCACAUAUCAGUGCCCAUCUGAGCUGCCUUUCAUGUCACCCAUCAGUGCCAGUCAGUGCCACCUAUCAGUGCUGCCAAUCAGUGCC